ACUGCCGCGGACCGCUCACAGCUGUCGGGAACCAUGACACAAGAUGACGGAUACGGUUGUCGUAGAGGGACAAGUCAGACUUCGAGAGGGGAAAAAGUGGAAAAACAGAUGGGUGCUUCUUCGGAAACCUUCGCCGGUUGCAGACUGCCUGACCUUGCUGGUGUAUAAGGAGCGUGGAGAGAAGAGUAAAGGACAGCGGGAGAGGAAUCAGGCCACGCUGAGGGAUAUCUGUGGACUGGAGGCACUUCAGGGGUUUGAUGGAAUGAAUUACGUGCUCAGUCUGCUCUGCCUGAGCCAGUCUGUCAUGCUGGGCUUCGACAACAAAGUGUCUCUUCUGGCCUGGGAUGCCCGUAUCCGCUACAGCCUUGGAGAGGGGGCUGGUGUUUUCUUCCUUGCAUGUGCAGAAGGAGAACAGAUCAGUUUUUUGUUCGAUUGCAUCGUUCGUGGCAUAUCGCCAAGCAGGGGGCCGUUUGGACUGCAUCCAGUCCUGCCAGACCCCAGUGCUAACCCAUCAUCUAUAGAAGACAGGAUUAGCCAGGAGGCUUGUGAGCUAGAGAAACGACUCAGUAUGCUGUCCAUUUGUAGUCACCACAGCAGUGCAGCCUCCACCUUCAGUUAUGGCGCCUCCUUGGCAGGAGAUGAUCGGAGCAUCUCCAGCUCCUCCUCUGAGACCAGCCAUUCUGAUAACAGCCUGGGCAGCCGCCUGGCGAUAUGGCCUGAGCCAGUCAGACACCCCACUCCUGUCGAACCAUCAUCAUCAUCUUCCCUGUUAGCGUUUGCGGGAUCUAAGAGUACAGCCUGUUCUGUCAGCACGUCCAGUGACGAGCGUCUAUAUGGAGCAAUGAUGGGAGGGCUCCGUCCCCCAUCCAAGCCUCCUCACCCCAGAGGCCUUCAAGAGGCGGGACGCCAGAGCUCAACAGACAGCGGUAUUGCCACCGGAAGCCACAAUUCUUAUUCUGGAAGCUUCUCCUCCUACACUGGUAGUAUGGAUAUUGGGCAUGGAGAGACUGAUGAAUUUGGAUCCUUAACAAGCCUCCCUCAAAACCCCAGUUCAAACUCUAUCUCCCUUAUCAACACUCCAGUACGAACAAUUCCUCUAAUUCCUGAGCACAAACCGUGUGUGUGUCCACUCAGAGAGGCUGCUCAAAUGUACCAGGUACCCACUCCACCUCUGCAGCAUUAUGACAUCCCCCGCAGGCUCCUACAACAUCAGGAGAAGUUUUUGACUGCUGCAAGCCAGGGACGGAGGCCUGAAUGUGGAGCUCUGGGACCAGAGGGCGUCCCUGCAGAUGCUACCCUCAAACAAACUGUCCCACAGAGAUUCAAUUGGGGUGGGGAAGGAGCAGCACCCCCCGAAGGUUCCACUACACUGCAAUUACAGCCCACCAUCUGUCCUGACUGUGGGGGAGAAAAGGUGGAGGAGAGGAGCAGGUGUGAGAUGAGAAGCAGUUCUGAGGAGCAGAAGUCUGACGCUGAUCCAAAAGGCAAUUAUGAGCAGAUGGCAUUUAUGACUGAUGCAUCCAGGUGGCCACAGUUCAGAGCUGGAGAAUAUGGAGAGGCAGGACUGACAGUUAUCGACAAACUUCAAAGUGAUUCUGUUAACUAUGUGAAUAUCCCCAUCAGUCCUACAUCUAAACGCCAGCUGCACUAUAUGGAGUUAGAUCUGCAGGACCGUCCAGAGUCAAGCCACACUGUCAGAGCGGCCGGCUCCAGCACUAAAUACGCCCACAUUGACAUCACUGCGACUCAGACAGCACAGAGGGUGGGAGCCCAGCAUGCACAGGGCCGAGAGGAGAGACUACAGGAACUAGAACAGAAGAGGAGAAGAACACUCACCUGAAAAUAUAAUGAAGUGGAGUCAAAACGUCUGAGACUACAUUGGAAAUAUAGAUCCCCCCCCCUUUUAA